AACCAUAAAUUUCUUAAAUAAGCCACAAAAACAAAUAACAACUUGAUAUUAGAAUAGAAAUUCAGUAAAAUUUAGUCUUUAGUCGACAACUGUUGUUAUUGCGAGAAUGUUCAUUUUUUUUAAAUUUGAAUAAAAAUUUGAAAUUCGAAAAAAUGUCAAAAGAAUUGAAUUUAUUAAUUAUCGGGAGGUCAUUAGCUCCAAAGUCGCCAAUUAUUUUAAAGUUACCUACGCGCAAAUUUUAUAAUAACCGAUGUUCCCGGGCGGACGCUGUUAGCUGUAAACAUGAUAUAGAAAAUAAUUACCGUAACUACAAUUCGCGAGUGGUGCAGUUAAAGCGACAUAAACGUAGACGAUUUACCCUGGCAACGCAAUAUAAAAGAAGUACUGGUACGAUUGUGAUAUCUUCCCCAUCACAGAAUAUAUGAUAUGGAUCCCGUAAAAUAUUGCCUAUGGCCACUCAACGUUUGCCAAGGUUUACAAAAACUCAUGCAGCAACCACCACCAUAACACACUUGCCAUCGACAUUCAUUAAUGGACGCCAAACCUCACGCGUGCAAAAGCAACAUUCACCAAUCAUCUACAAUGAUACUGUAAAACGUAUAGAAGAAAGCAGUGAUUUUAAUAUCUUGAAACGCUUAGUAUUGGAUUAUUUGGGUAGGCGUUGGGGCGGACAACGACUAAAUCAAAACCUUCACUACUAUUACGACAAUAAAUACAAACAGAGAGGCUUACAAAAUUCAAAUGAUACAAAUGAAAUUUGUCAACCGCGCCAUUUAAGAAGAAGUCUAGAAAGUGUUGAAAGUCAGACGGCAGCGACAUUCACGCGCCAAUAUCGCAACCGUGAAACACAAGCCAGUGAAAGGUUAAAGUCGCUGCGACAAAGUGACGGAAGCCGCGGAAUUAAAACGUUAACAUAUUAUUUGCAUUUGGCAAACGAUUAUUACGAACGGGGCUUCUUAAGCAACAUCAAAUACUUAGAGCAUGUCGGUGUACGUAAUCAAUUGAGACGUCAAAGAGAACAAGAGCAACAAGAGCAACAAGAGCAACAAUUACAAAAAGAACAACAGCUCACCACCGUAACAGCUAGCUUACCUGGUGCAAAUGAAAGACGAACCAUCACCCAUAGUUACAGUCGUUUAUCGAACACGUUAGCGGCAAUUCAAAAAUCUGAACCCUUAGAAGCAGUUAAUAAAAGCGCAUUUUGUAACAACAAUCGCAAACAGGAUAUUUCUUUGAAAGAUAAUUAUGCUCAAUGUCGACAUACGAUACGAGUAAAAAUCAAUCCAAUAUUAAACGGAAAUUUAUUGAACUUGAGAACUACUUCGAGACCUUUGCUUCGUUCAAAGCCUAGUAUGAAUGAUUAUUUGAAUGGUAAUUUUGCAUCAACAACAGCAACACAUACAAAUAGCCAGCAGUUCAAGCAUUCAUUUAACGAUUUAUUAAAUAGUUUACAAGAUUUUACAUUAAAUGAAAGUCACCAACAACAUCCAGUGCCACUUAUCAUCCUAACUGAUUAUACCAAGGAACAAUUUAUAGGCGACGCCUCACCAACAUCCCAAACGAUCAAUUUAAACCGGCAAUUAUAUCCUUUGAAUCAAAGGAAUAUUGAUUACAAUUCGAAUCUUUCUGUACCAAAUUUGCAUAACUACCACAGCGAAUCGAGGCCGCCAUAAGAAUUGUAGAAAAUAGUUUACUUCAU